AAAAGAAACAGCCUUUGAUUGAUCCAGCAUGCUAUGGCCAGGGGUAACUAUGUGCAGGCACAGUGAGUGGAGGCUCGGUUCGUUCUUUCAGUUUCAGCCGAGCUACAGGCAACUGAGUGACAUAACAUAUGGACCUUUUACACUCUUCCUAUAUUACCUGAGUCUGCUCUCCUACCCCAGGAACCACAGUUGCCAUCAACAUUCCAGGGCUCCAAUUCGGAACUUCGGGAUCAGACCCACCCGCCCGCUUUCGGCUCCUGGAUCCUUUCAGCCCCAGGCGGCACUGAUACGCCUUCAGAAACCUUUUAAUCGGCUCUUCUGGAAAGCUGCAGACUGGAAGGGAGGAGAAUCCCGGCUCCUAGGAUAACUACUGAGCUAGUCUUUCCCCCCAGGAUGGUGUAGUACCAAGUCGACAAGACAAUGACGCUCAGUAGUUUGCUUGAUUGCGAUCGCUCGCCAGAUGGAUACUCGUCGUCUGAAGAGGAACAGCUGCAGCGUGUGGAUAUAGGGAAAGAUUCUGUCCUUGCUGUUGGACCGAAAACAUUGUUGAUUUUGACCGCUAAGUCUCUUGUCAUCGCUGGCAUGUCUCCCACCUUUUGGACAUGGCGCAUUUAUGCGCUGUCAGCAUUUGCUGUAUGGGGCUAAUCGAAUUACAGAUGAAAACGCGAAGAAAAAGGAUUCCCGUAGCUGCUGUUCCCCAUAUUGGUGCUCUGGGAAAUUGCAAAGACUAUCUAUUCCGUAUUUUAACGUCUUAUGGGCGGACGUAUCCCACGAGUACAUCACCAUAAAAUAUGCAGAAUCAACCUCAAACGACGAUGUCUCAGUUGCGUCAGUGUACUACCCAGUUGAUCCGGCGCACAAAUCGAAAACUAAACAAUGGCUCGAGGAGCUUAUGAACGCGGCUUACGGGAAGGCACAGCGCGAAAAGAAAGUCAAAGUGCUUAUAAAUCCGUUCGGCGGGAAAGGUCGAGCUCAAAAGCUGUAUUCCAGGGAGGUUGAGCCUGUAUUCGCAGCAGCACAAUGCGAGGUUGAUGUUGAAAUAACUACUCAUCAGGGUCAUGCGGUAGAGAUUGCACAGAAUAUUGACCUUCAAGCGUAUGAUGUGAUUGCGCCUGCAUCUGGUGAUGGUGUUGCCUACGAAGUUUUUAACGGGUUGGGUAAAAGAGCUGAUGCUGGCGAAGCACUCCGCAGUCUUGCGGUAGCCCAUAUUCCAUGUGGAUCCGGAAAUGCAAUGAGCUGGAAUCUUUACGGUACGGGUUCUCCGAGCAUGGCUGCACUUUGUAUCGUUAAGGGUUUGAGAACGCCCUUAGAUCUCGUCUCCAUCACACAAGGAGAUAGAAGAACGCUGUCGUUUCUGUCGCAGUCAUUUGGUAUAAUUGCUGAGAGCGACCUUGGAACGGACCAUAUCCGAUGGAUGGGUAGCGCUCGCUUCACAUAUGGAUUUCUAGUUCGGCUUUUUGGGAAAACAGUGUAUCCGUGUGACCUUGCUGUCAAAGUUGAAAUUGGCGAUAAAGACGACAUCAAGGAUCAUUAUCGAGCCGGGUUGGAACAAAAGUCUUCUCAUUCACCCCGAGGUUCUAAAUCUGAAACCGUUGGACUCCCGCCUCUCCGGCACGGUACGGUCGCUGAUCCCCUCCCUGACGAUUGGGAGCUUAUCACGCACGACAAAAUGGGUAACUUUUAUGCUGGAAACAUGGGAUAUAUGGCACCAGAUGCCAAUUUCUUCCCAACUGCGCUACCAAAUGAUGGGAUGCUCGAUUUGAUAACAAUUCGCGGCGAUAUUUCUCGGCUAACUGCGCUUCAGAUGCUUAUGGCUGUUGAAAAUGGUACGCUGUUUGACAUGCCUGAAGUACACGUCCAGAAGGUUUCCGGCUAUAGGAUUAUUCCCCGGGAAAGGGAGGAUGGCUAUAUUAGUAUCGAUGGGGAGAAAGUGCCAUUUGAGCCUUUUCAAGCGGAAGUCCAUAAAGGACUCGGGACCGCUAUUUCGAAAUCCGGCCACAGGUACCAAACACCGGAAAUCCGGUGAUUUUCCGCUGCCUUCUUUGAAGAUGAUACAGGAAUCCGCCCCCGACGAUUCACAAAAUCCUGUGGCACCGAUACUAUGUUCGUGGAGCUAUCCGUUUUAUUUCCAUCAGCAUUCCUUUUCUGCCUUGGCUUGAUGGCAUAUUGGAGGGUGCUGGCGUCAAGAGAUUCAGAUUUUGUACUUUUAUUCCGUUGGUUUCUCCUUUCAAAAUCUCCGCCCAAGUCUUCCACCUUUCCUUGGCAGAGCCCUUUCUAAGCUCUUUUCCCUGAUUGUCCGAGACCCAUCAUGGUGGUUCCAUUGUGUUGUUGUUGGACGCUGUCACGACGUGUUAGAAAUAAAUUUCUAUUCUUACAUUUUUCAGGCCUUUUGAUGCCUCCUAGCUGGGAUAAUGGCGUUUUCCCAGCGCCCAGCAGGUGCAUGUACAUUACUGCAAGGCAGGGACGAAUUUCUUCGACGGAUUUCAGCCUGAUCGCUGGAUGAUGUGGCUUCUGUUAACCUCCUGGCACCCGGAUAUGAGAUAUUAAGGGCCAGAAACACAUAGCAUUGUAUGUAGGAAUAAUAUAUUCCUUUCUAAGGAGAAA